CAUUCGCGCCGAUUCAGUUCAACUUUGGUCGCGAACAUCAACGCUCGUGCUCUCUUUGUGUGAAAAGAUAAAUAACUGUGCGUGAACUCGUCGUGAAGACAGACGAAAUUGUGUACUUUAUUCGCAUUGCCGCAGUGUAGAUAAAAUAACAGUGUAACAAAAAAAAAGGUUCGCUUCUGAGGGACGUGAAAGUCUCAGAAAUUUGGAAUUGCAUUAGCGUGAGAUUAGAGAAGUUAAAGAGCACAACAACAACAACAACAUUUUUUUUUAGAAGUUCAAGCAUAAGCAGCAGCAGCAGCAACACGAAAAUGGCCGACAAUCUCGCUUCACCCAUUAAAACCUUUUAUAAAGGUAAAAAUGUUUUCAUUACCGGCGCCACAGGCUUCGUGGGCGUCACAAUACUCGAAAAACUUUUACGCGACAUACCCGAAAUCGGCACUGUCUACCUGUUGAUGCGUCCCAAAAAGGGCAAGACCGUAGCACAGCGUUUGGAAGAUAUACGCAAGAAUUCCGUCUUUGACAAAUUUAAAGAAUUGAAAAUCGAUGAGAAACGCUUCGAUAAGAUUGUGCCCAUUGAAGGUGAUGUGGGUCAAGAGCAUUUGGGCAUCUCUGAAGCAGAGCGGCAGGUGUUGAUCGAUAAUGUGCAUGUGGUUUUCCACUCUGCCGCCACAUUGGAUUUCUUUCAAUCACUCAAAGAGACGACGAACAUCAAUUUGCUCGGCACACGACGUGUGGUGGAGUUGUGUAAGCAAUUGUCAAAAUUGGAGGCGCUCGUACAUGUCUCCAGCGCUUAUGUAAAUUCAUAUAUCACCGAAGUCGAGGAGAAACUAUAUCCAGCUCCUGAUGAUCCAGAGAAGGUCAUCCAUUUAGCCGAAACACUAAGCGAUGAGGCGCUCAAGGAGUUGGAGCCCAAGUUGCUGAAAGAUCAUCCGAAUACAUACACAUUCACCAAACAUUUAGCUGAGCACGAAGUGGCUAAUGUGGCCUCACGUUUUCCAUGUGGCAUUGUACGACCCAGCAUGAUCACCGCUGCUUGGAAACAACCCAUACCCGGCUGGACCAUCUCAAAGAAUGGCCCACAAGGCUUUUUUAUGGGCGCAUCUCGAGGCAUUUUGCGUCGUUUACCUUUAGAUCCGACCAUCAUUAUGGAUUACAUACCCGUUGAUGUGGUGGUGAAUGCAAUUAUCACAACCGGUUACUAUGUAAACGCGCUCCAAGUUAAAAAUGCCGGCAAACCAGCUGAUUUGCAAAUCUUCCAUCUUACUUCCAGUACUUACAAGCCAUUCCGUUUUGAGUUUUUGAUUAAUAAAAUUAAUGCAUACCUACAUGAGUAUCCACUGGUUUCUGCUGUUUGGUACCCAAAUCUAAAAUUGGUUAAGAGUUUAUUCAUCUUUCGUUUGGGCGCCAUAUUGUUUCAUUUUAUACCCGGUUUCUUUUUAGAUUUGGUCACAAAAUUAAGCGGCGGCAGACCUAUUCUUAUACGUUUGCACAAGAGCGUGUGGAAUUCUUUGAAUACAUUGGAGAAAUUCAUUUUUACCGAAUGGCAUUAUGACAGUAAACACACAUUGGCGCUUUCCAAGCAAAUGGAUCCGCGUGAUCGUGAAAUAUUUUUCAUCGAUAUCGGUGAUUUAGCUUGGGAUGAUUACUUCCUCAACACCAUAGUGGGCGUGCGUCAAUAUCUAAGCAAAGAAUCACCGAAAACAUUGUCUGCUGCUAGAAAGAAGGAUAAGAUCUUGCUCGCCUUGCACGUCGCUCUGCAGUUAGCUUUCUACUAUGGCAUAUGGAAAUUGUUUAUUUUCGUUUUUGGUCUAUCUAAUGCCAAAGCCGCACUUGUAUUGCCGGUUGUCUAUUUCCUCAUGAGUCUGCUUUAGACACGCACAUUACAAACCUGUAAAAAUAAUAAAAUGUGCAUUUCUUUUGCUUAAAUCUUUUACGGAUUUAAUGUCCAUUUUUAUUCUUAAUUUCUGUGUAAUUUAAUACGCAAAUAUUUAUUAAAAUUAAUGCAUUUUUUUGAAUAUAAAACUUUUGCUUAAUUUCUAGGUUUGGUUUUUAAAUAGUACUUAUGUACUACUUACAUAUAUAUAUACAAAUACUAAAUGAAUUAAUGAGCUUUUGUAUAAUGAAAAUUUGUAAAUUAUCUAAUAAUAAACAAUUAGUUGGUACUCUUUUGGCUACCACCACUA